AUGUUGACUGAUACCCAAGGUAACACAAUUCAUAAUUUGAUGAAUGUGAAACUGCAUGGCUAUGGGGUACACACAGUAAGUAAUGGUCGGGAACUGAUUUAUAUAGAUAAUGAUGGUAACAUCAACAAACUAAACACAGAAGCCAAAACAACAACUACAUUAAUAAAGAAAAAAAAUAAAUUAGAACCACUGUGUAUAUACUCAUCUCAAUCAACAGGAGAUCUUCUCGUAGGGACGAAAAUAUAUUUUCCUGAAGACAUAACAAGUAUCAUCAGAUACAAAUCUUCAGGGAAGCGGGUUCAGACUAUCACAGAUGGCAACUGGAAUCAUAGGCUAUAUGGAUAUACCGCCUAUAUAACUGAAAAUCUCAAUGGUGAUGUUAUAGUGUCUGAUUUGCAAAGCCAAGCCGUAGUAGUUAUAGACCGCGCCGGAAAACAUCGGUUCUCCUUCACGGAAUCUUCUUUCUUAUCACCAGAAUCUGAUUUUUCACCAUAUGGAAUUUGUACAGACACAAUGUCAAACAUUCUUGUAUGUGAUGAGAACCUUAACAGCAUACAUAUAAUUGACAAAGACGGUCACCACCUGCAAACGCUAACCUUACCAGAAGAAGAGAUAUAUAGACCUAGGUGCAUUGAUUAUGAUGAAGAAAGGAGCAUUUUUAGGAUUGGCUCAUGGUACUGCAAUACAUUGUGUCUGUAUAGAUAUGUUACAGAUAUUCAUCCAUCUCUGUACUUGACAGGAAUUGUGUUUGCGGACAUAAACAUGUCAAGUUACUCCCCAUCUUACAACGGACUUCCGUCAACUGGCUCCCAAAAUGUUUUCGGACAAAAAUAUAUUGCAUCUUCAUUGAUUUUGCCUGAUAUAUCCGAUGGUAAAGUGAUAGAAGCACAUGGCAGUGAAAGUGGGAGUGAAGAGAAUGAUACUGAGGAAAGUGGAAAUGAAAUUGAGGACAGGGAAAGAGAGGAUAGUGAGACUGAAGUGAACUAG